AUGUCAUGUGAAAUUGACCAAGGAAUGGAGGCUAGAUUGGAAAGUCAAUUACAGAAUAUUGAUGAGGGAAGUGUAAAGCAGGAAUUAAGAAGAAUACUCUUACGUUUUUCCGAGCUUUGGCGAGAUGAUAGCAUGGGAAGAACGUCUGUAAUACGACAUGCCAUUCACGUAAUCUCGAAUCGACCAAUAGCUUGUAGAUGUCGAAAAUACUCAGAAGAACAGAAGAAGAUCAUUGAGACAGAAGUGAAGUCGAUGCUAGAGAAAGGGGUUGUACGCCCUAGUGAAAGUCCGUAUGCCUCUGGCAUUGUUUUAGUAAAGAAGAAGACUGGAGAGUGGCGGUUCUGUAUUGAUUACAGCCCACUCAAUAAAAUAACUUUGAAGGACGAAUUUCCUCUUCCGAGGAUAGACGACCUAUUACGAACGGUCAGGGGAUCUAAGUGGUUUAUUGCACUGGAUAUGAGAGCCGGUUACUGGCAAGUAGCCAUGGAGACCAAAGAUAUCCCGAAGACAGCAUUCAAAACACCCAAUGGAUUGUUCGAGUUUACAGUUAUGCCGUUUGGACUCGUUAACGCGCCAGCGACUUUUCAGAGAAUGGUUGAGCAGUUAUUCGGAGAUCUCUGUUGGGACGGGGUCUUGGUUUAUUUAGAUGACAUAUUUAUACAUGCACCAGAGUUGGAGAGGGUCCUGCAACUUCUAACCAUCGUCCUGUCACGACUUCAACGGGCUGGUUUACGGUUAAGGCUCUCUAAGUGUUCAUUUCUUCCGACUCAGAUUGAAUACCUAGGCCAUGUGAUUCAAGAAGGCAAAUUGGCUCCACAACCGAAGAAGAUUGAGGCAUUUAAGGUUUUAACCUCUCCAGUAGACAAGACCACUCUCCGCCAAGCUUUAGGAAUGUUCGGUUACUAUCGGAGUUUCAUCCCUAACUAUGCUGCGCUAACGAUCCCACUCACAAGAUUGAUGAAAGGCAAAGCGGAAUUUGUAUGGGGAACAGAACAAGAAACAGCAUUUUUACAGCUCAAGGAUAAGCUUGGAAAGGCUGUUUUAUCAAAUGAAUGGCAGGAGGGCGAGAUCAUCGUAGAAACCGAUGCUAGCGACUACGCCGUUGCUGGAGUUCUCUCUUUCGACAAGGAGGGAAUGAUUGUUCCUGUGGAAUUUAUGAAGAGAAGGAGGCUUUCGCGAUUGUCGUAG